AUGGGGUUUUUAUUCUCCUCCUCCCCUCCUGCCCUCCUCCUCCUCCUCUUGCUCUCGCUUUCCUCUCAGCUCUUCCUCAACGGCCUCCCUCUCGCUGGCGCCGCCGACAUCCCCCUUGGCGCCACCCUCACCCCCUCCAACUCCUCCUCCUGGACCUCCGACAACCGGACAUUCUCCCUCCGCUUCGUCCCCGAUCCCGACAACCCCUCCCUUUUUCUCGCCGCCGUCACCUACUCCGGCGCCAUCCGCAUCUGGACCGCCGUCGGCGCCGACAACACCCCCGCAGCUGUCGACUCCGCUGCCUCCCUUCAGCUCCGCUCCGACGGCGACCUCCGCCUCACCAACGGCUCCGGCGCCGUCGUCUGGCAGUCCAACACCUCCGGCAAGGGCGUCACCGCCGCCUUCCUCAGCGAGACCGGCAACCUCAUCCUCAGGAACCGCCGCCGCUCCGUCUGGCAAAGCUUCGACAACUCCACCGACACCAUCCUCCAGACUCAAAAUUUCACCAUUGGCCAGACUCUGAAGUCCGGGCUCUACUCUUUUUCUCUUAAUAAUACCGGAAACCUCACGCUCACUUGGAACGACAGCGUUUCUUACUUCAAUAAGGGAUUCACUUCAUCAUAUACCGCCAAUAAAACCCUUAUAUCUCCGGUCUUGACCCUCCACACCAAUGGAAUUGUUUCCCUCUCCGAUGAAUCGCUCCCGGGUUCGGUGGUCAUAGCUUACAGCAGCGAUUAUGCUGAGAGUGCCGUGGCGAUGCGGUUCGUGAGGUUGGAUUCCGAUGGGAAUCUGAGGGCCUACAGCGUUGCCAGCGGCAGCAUCACCGCCACCUCUAGGUGGUCGGCGGUGGCGGACCAGUGCACGGACUUCGGCUGGUGCGGCAACAUGGGAAUUUGUAGCUACAACGAUACAUCCCCGGUCUGCGGCUGCCCGUCGAAGAAUUUCGAGUUCGUCGACCCGAGCGAUCGCCGGAAGGGGUGUAAGAGGAGGACUGAGAUCGAAGAUUGUCCUGGGAAUUCUACCAUGCUGCAAAUGGAUAAUACUCUGUUCUUGACCUACCCGCCGGAGAUCUCGACGGAGCAGCUCUUUGUGGGGAUCACGGCAUGCCGGUUGAACUGCCUUUUGGCCGCCUCUUGCGCGGCUUCCACCUCGGUUGACGAUGGGUCUGGUUAUUGCUACCUGAAGGCGUCGAAUUUUGUCAGUGGGUAUCAGUCUCCAGCUCUCCCGAGCACUUCAUUCGCCAAGGUCUGUGCUCCGGCUCUUCCGAACCAGCCGCAAUCCGGUUAG